AUGUCUGCCACCAACUCUCCCGCCGCCGCCCCGGCCGAGGCCGUCCCGGUCAACUCCACCCCUGCCGAGCAGCCGGCUGCCAGCAGCAACGACUCUACCCCCAACACCUCGCUCUACGUCGGCGAGCUCGACCCUGCCGUCACCGAGGCCAUGCUGUUCGAGAUCUUCAACAUGAUUGGCCCCGUCGCCAGCAUCCGUGUCUGCCGUGACGCCGUCACCCGCCGCUCCCUCGGCUACGCCUAUGUCAACUUCCUCAACUCGGCCGACGGCGAGCGCGCCCUCGAGCAGCUCAACUACUCGCUCAUCCGCGGCCGCCCCUGCCGCAUCAUGUGGUCCCAGCGCGACCCCGCCCUCCGUCGCACCGGCCAGGGCAACAUCUUCAUCAAGAACCUCGACGGCAACAUUGACAACAAGGCCCUCCACGACACCUUUGCUGCCUUCGGCAACAUCCUCUCGUGCAAGGUCGCUGUCGGCGAGAACGGAAGCCUCGGCUACGGCUUCGUCCACUACGAGACCGCCGAGGCUGCCGAUGCCGCCAUCAAGCACGUCAACGGCAUGCUGCUCAACGACAAGAAGGUCUACGUCGGUCACCACAUCCCCAAGAAGGAGCGCAUCGCCAAGAUCGAGGAGGCUCGCUCCAAGUUCACCAACGUCUACUGCAAGAACAUUGACCUCGAGGUGACGCAGGAGCAGUUCGAGGAGCUCUUCACCAAGUUCGGCGAGGUCACCUCGUGCGUCCUCUCGGUCGACGACGAGGGCAAGAGCCGCGGCUUCGGCUUCGUCAACUUUGCCAAGCACGACGAUGCGCAGAAGGCCGUCGACGAGCUCAACGACUCCGACUUCCACGGCCAGAAGCUCUUUGUCGCCCGCGCCCAGAAGAAGUCGGAGCGCGAGGAGGAGCUGCGGAGGUCGUACGAGGCCGCCAAGAACGAGAAGCUGUCGCAGUACCAGGGCGUCAACCUCUACCUCAAGAACAUCCCCGAGUCGUACGACGACGAGCGCCUGCGCGAGGAGUUUGCCCCCUUCGGCACCAUCACCUCGUGCAAGAUCAUGCGCGCUCCCUCGGGCGUCUCGCGCGGCUUCGGCUUCGUCUGCUACUCGGCCCCCGAUGAGGCCAACAAGGCCGUCGCCGAGAUGAACGGCAAGAUGCUCGACAAUCGACCUCUGUACGUCGCCCUCGCCCAGCGCAAGGACGUCCGUCGCCAGCAGCUCGAGGCGCAGAUCAUGCAGCGCAACCAGCUUCGCCUCCAGCAGCAGGCCGCUGCUCAGGGCAUGGGCUACCCCGGCCCGGGCAUGUACUACCCGCAGCCUGGCUUCCCUGGCCAGCCCGGCGGCAUGGGCUACCGUCCCCCUCGCCCCCCGCGCGGUGGACCCAGCGCCGCCGGCCCUGCUCCCCCGGCCGGUGCCCGCCCUCCGGCUGGCGUCAACGGCGCUCCUCGCGGCCAGCCCAUUCCCGGCCAGCCUAUGCCGCCCCGCGGUGCCGCUGGCCGCCCCGCCGGUAUGCCCGAGGUUGGUCAGCCCACCCUGACGGCCGCCGCGCUCGCCAAGGCUAGCCCCGAGGAGCAGAAGCAGAUGCUCGGCGAGGCCAUCUACCCCAAGAUCAGCGCCACCCAGCCCGAGCUCGCCGGCAAGCUGACCGGCAUGAUCCUCGAGCUGCCCGUCACGGAGCUGCUCCACCUGCUCGAGGAGAACGAGGCGCUCGACGCCAAGGUCAACGAGGCCCUCCAGGUUCUCAAGGAGUUCGAGACCGCCGAGGAGCCCGCUGGUGCCGACGCCGGUGCCGCCGAGGAGAAGACCGAGGCCUAA